AUGUGUCUGUCAUUGUACCGGCCAGGACUGAAUUUUUUACAGGAACUGAACACAAAGGAGAGGGAAUCGCUGAUUAUCAGCAAGUUCGAAAAUCAUGAGGGAGUUAGAAGGUUUGAUGAGAUCCUGGAAGCCAGCGAUGGAAUCAUGGUGGCUCGUGGUGAUCUGGGCAUUGAGAUUCCCGGAGAGAAGGUCUUCUUGGCUCAGAAGAUAAUGAUUGGGCGAUGCAACCGAGCUGGGAAACCAGACAUCUGUGCCACGCAGAAGCUGGAGGGCAUGAUCAAGAAGCCCCGCCUGACCCGCGCCGAGGACAAUGAUGCUGCCAAUGCAGUCCUGGAUGGCGCUGACUGCAUCAUGCUGUAUGGAAAGACGGCCAAAGGCGACUACCCGCUGGAGGCUGUGCGCAUGCAGCACCUGAUUGCCCAUGAGGCAGAGGCUGCCAUCUACCACUUGCAAUUGUUUGAAGAGCUCCGCCGCCUGGCGCCCAUUACCAGCGACCCUACAGAAGCUGCCACCGUGGGCGCCGUGGAGGCAUCAUUCAAGUGCUGCAGUGGGGCCAUAAUCGUCCCCACCAAGUUUGGCAGGUCUGCUCACCAGGUAGCCAGGUACCGCCCCUGGGCCCCCAUCAUUGCUGUGACUCUGAACCCCCAGACUGCCCGUCAGGCCCACCUGUACCGUGGCAUCUUCCCUGUGCUGUGCCAGGAGGCAGUGCAGUCGGCCUGGGCUGAAGAUGCGGACCUCCGGGUGAACCUGGCCAUGAAUGUCGGUAAAGCUCGAGGCUUCUUUAAAAGUGGAGACGUGGUCAUUGUGCUGACCGGGUGGAGUCCAGGUUCCGGCUUCGCCAACACCAUGCGUGUAGUGCCUGUGCCAUGA